AUGUCAAUUGUCACACCAACUGCUCGAGUACCUAUUCAGUACUUUACUGAUAAGGAGACAGAUGAUAAGAUAAAAGCAGUGACACCAUUCAAAGAGGAUCGAUAUCUUCCGGAUACAUCAACCAAAGAACAGAUGCAAAAUCAAUCUGAUAUACUGAAUAAUUUUGCUGAAAAUAAAGGAUUACGUUUUGUUGAGGUGGACAAUUACAAUCGUUUAAGAUACUGCUAUCAAUGUUCACUUAUCAAACCUGAUCGAUGUCACCAUUGCUCAUCCUGUGGUUUCUGUGUCGUCAAGUAUGAUCAUCAUUGUCCAUGGAUUAAUAAAUGUGUCUCAUUUAAUAAUUACAAAUAUUUUAUGCUUUAUCUUAUUUACAGUUGUAUUUUGUUAGCUUGGGCUUUGUUAACAAGUAUAGAAUGUAUUAUUCGUUAUUUUAUACGACAACAAUGGACCGAACAAAUUGUUAAUUUUAUUUGUGUUUUUUUAUGUGUCAUUUUAUUUGCUAUUUUUGGUUAUUAUCCACUUGGUGAGCUUCUCAUUUAUCAUAUACGACUUGCAACACUUAAUGAAACCACCUGCGAGCAAGCAAAACCACCAAAUAUUCGUGGGGAUUCAAAUGCUGAUUAUAAUAUGGGAAUAUAUCGUAAUUUACGGGCUGUAUUCGGUUGGGGUUUAUGGGCAUUUCCGGUAGAUUCUCAUGUAGGAGACGGAAUACACUUUCCCAUUUGUUAUUCGGAACGAUCAGCAGCAUGUACUGAGAUUCGAUAUAGUGUAUGUCGAGAAGAUGAACCGGACAAGAAUUAUCAGUAUCAAUUCUGA